GUGUAAAGCAACCUCAUUUAUUGCCAGUGUAACGUGAUGAAGUUGGACCCCGCCACCUUGGAAGACUUCCAUUGGCUAGACUUACCAAAGUCAUCGCCAUUCUAUUUCCUUUCGGUGCCGAAGAAAACGCAAACAAAUCCGAUAAAGACAGCGAAAGAGCAUCACAAUUCUCCAGCCUUUGCCGCUUUUUUGAAUCCCACAUCAAAUUCAGAAAGGAUCCACAUCUCGCUGCGAUCAAACCCGGUGGAGAUUUGAGCACCUGAAGGAGAAUGAAGAGAAAGAAGGAUUCACCAGACGCAGCGACCAUGUCUGCCUGUGUUGAUGAUGGCCAUUCGUCAUCGGGGACUGAAUACGAGGUGUUUUUGAGUUUCAGAGGCCCAGAUACUCGCCUCAAUUUCACCGAUUGUCUCUAUCACUCCUUAGUCAAAGCUGGGGUUUGCGUUUUCAGAGAUGAUGAAGAGAUCCGAAAGGGCAAAAAGAUUGAAGGGGAACUUUUGCAUGCCAUCGAAUCCUCCAAAAUAUACUUGCCCAUCUUCUCUAGGAACUAUGCAUCCAGUAAGUGGUGUCUUCAAGAGCUCACACACAUGCUGGAGUCCUCCAGCAAAGCAAAUGACAAAGUGAUCCUACCCAUUUUUUAUAACAUAAAUCCUGAUGAUGUAAAGCUUAAAACCCAAUUGUACCUCAAUGCUCUAAAGAAGCACCAGAAGAAGUUCAGCCACAAUGAGGUUUGGCAAUGGAGGGAAGCUUUGACCGAGGUUGCAAGAAUCAAGGGAUGGGCGUGAAGGACAAAAGCCAGGGUGAAAUCAUCAACACUAUUGUUGAUGAGGUUUUGACCAAGCUAAUGAAAAGAAUGCGAAAUCUGCCUGAUCAUUUAGUUGGGAUUCAUGAUCAUGUUGAAGCUAUCAUGGACAUGUUAAACGAAGGUUCUUGUGAUGUUCGUUACCUGGUCAUCCAUGGAAUGGGCGGUAUCGGUAAGACAACUCUUGCAAGUGUUGUCUUUAAUAAAAUCUCCAAUCAAUUUCAAGGUUGUAGCUUCCUUUUGGACAUUCAUGAAUCUACACAACAGGGUAGAAUUGUUGACUUACAAAAACAGUUGUUAUCAGAGAUUCUCCAAGGUGGAUCUUUAGGGAUCCACAAUUCUGUUGAUAUAGGGAUUAACACAAUUACAGAAAGAUUUCAUGGUAAGAAAGUUCUCCUUGUUCUCGAUGACGUGGAUAAUAGGGAUCAACUCUCUAAGCUAGCUGGAAAGAGUGAUUGGUUUGGUCCAGGAAGUAGAAUCAUCAUUACAACAAGGGACAUCAACUUUUGCCAAUCAAAGGAAGGACAAAGAGAGCAGUUUCCAAGCACAUUCUCAAGAGUUUCAAAUCUAUAA